AUCAUGGGGAAGAAAAAAGAAGUGUAGGGAAGACUGUGGUGUGUAAGUGUUAGACUGGACAUUUUUAAAAUGUGUGUGGAGGACGCUAACAUGCGGUGUUGUCGUCUGGUUGUUUGUCUGCUGGUGUUUGUAUAUGUAGGCGGUUGUACAGGUGAGACGGUUCAUGUACCACGUGAUGAGUCGACAGGUGUAUUGGUUCCAGGUGAUGCUAUCAUAGGUGAGGGGAAUGUAAAACAAAAGAAUGUCUCGGUGACUCGGGGAGUUGAAGAAACAGGAGAUCACUCAUCAACUGAGGUGGUUAGAAAAGUUCACUCAUCAACUGAGGUGGUUAGAAAUGUUGGAGAUCACUCAUGGAUUGAGAACACUCAACAGAGCUGGACAGACGGCCUGGCUUCCACAACAAGUUACGACGGGACGGGGAAAACACAGGGAAACGACUCACUAUCUCAGGUGUUUCGCAAACCUCGCGACACCAAAGGUGUUUCAGGUGUUGUGGAUAGUGUGUUGAAUUUCUUCGCCAAAGGGAAGGCGUUUCUGGAGAGGUUUGGGUACAUUGAAGAUGUCUUGUCAGGGGCCACAACCCCUGUUGGAGCUAUCAAAAAUGCACUGAAAUCUUUCCAAGACUUCAACGGUCUACCUGUGACAGGUGAGCUCGACCUAGCUACCGUCACCAAGAUGCUCCAGCCCAGGUGUGGCCUGCCUGACGUCAUCAAACCCGGAAGUCGAUAUGCCUCGGUGCCUUCUGGGUACAGAGCUCCAGGGUCUGCAGAGAUGAGAGCCAAGUGGCCGAAAAAUGACCUCACCUACAGACUGGUCAGCUACACGAGAAAACUGGGUCAAGGCCAAGUGGACGACGCCAUCGCUAGAGCUUUCCGGAAGUGGUCUGACGUCACACCCCUGGUCUUCAGGCGAGGUCAAGGAGCGGUGGACAUCAACAUAGGCUUCACUCGGGGUGACCAUGGGGACGGCAGCCCCUUUGACCGACAAGGAAACGUACUAGCCCACGCCUUCUUCCCUGGCUAUGGUGAGAUCGCUGGUGACACACAUUUUGACGACGACGAGGAUUGGACCGUCAACUCACCGCAAGGCGUCAACCUGGAGAUUGUCGCCGCCCAUGAAUUCGGCCACGCCCUUGGACUUGAGCACAGCCGGCAUAAAGACGCGCUGAUGGCGCCCUUUUAACGGGAGUAUGACCCCAACUACAAGCUGCACGCCGAUGACAUUCGCAGGAUACAGGAACUCUAUGGGGCAUCAAGACAAAGACCUACCACACAAAAGCCACACACGAAAAGACCGGCGACAAAGCGACCUCCCACAAAUCGUCCACCCACAAAACGGCCUCCCACAAAACGUCCACCCACAAAACGGCCUCCCACAAAACGUCCACCCACAAAACGGCCACCCACAAAACGUCCACCCACAAAACGGCCACCCACAAAACGUCCACCCACAAAACGGCCACCCACGAAACGCCCACCCACACGACGGCCACCCACAAAACGGCCACACACACAACGGCCACCCACACAACGUCCAGCCAAGCCUCCCCAACGUCGGCCUGGUUCCAACACGCCGAGGUCCAGAGAUCCUCGAGCAGAGUUAUGUUCCCUUACAUUUGAUGCCAUUGAACAAGUUCAUGAUGGUAGGAUCUACGUCUUUAAGAGAGAGUUUAUGUACUGGUUGACGCCCGAGGGGGUGUCUAGCCCACGCAGGAUAAGUGACGUGUACCCUGACGCCCCAAACUCCCCAACCGCUGUGGUGUACGACAGAGUUCGUAGACACCUGUUUAUUUUUAGAUCUGACCGCUAUUGGCGUUACAGUGGAUCUCAAAAAGAUCCAGGCUACCCUAAGCUUCUACCUAAGGCCUUCAUUGGAGUCACAGCCGGCAUGCAGUGGACCGAUGGAGGAAUUAUUCUUUUUAAAAACGCCGAGUUUUUCAGGUGGUCAGAGAAUUUAUCUGGCCACUCCAGCGGGUUCCCUCGGCGGGUCUCGGAGUUCUGGAAAGGGUUGCCAGAUCAAUUCGACUCAGUUUUCAACAUUUUCGAUGGCUACAUUUACUUCUUUAAGGGACACAAAUACUGGAGGUACGACUCCCGGUCCCAGCUCUCUGCCGGCUACCCUCGGGACACUCGGCCCUACUGGCUCCACUGCCGGGUCAGCUCUAUCCUUAGCCCACUCGUGUCGGAGCUAACCUUGGCCAAAACAUCAUAGCACAUCCAUACACACGACCAGAGGAUACGCCGCUGCAUGGGUAAAUCGGACAAGCCUAUAGAAAUGUGCAACACAUGUAAGCGAUGUUGCCCUUAACAACACAGGGCACAGAAAAAUAAAAGUCAAUCCACAGAACCCAACCAGUCUCAAUACACUUUUAGGAACCUACAAGACAAACUUGUUAAAAAAAAUAAUCCAUCAACGGUCUAAAUAAAGUAAUAUAUUGUAA